AUGUUCUCGCACGACUCAAGAAAGGUGGCAUCGGCCUCUAAUGAUGGUACAGUACGGUUGUGGAAUACCAAGACGGGCAUAUGCGAGCGAAUACUUGAGGGUGAUGAUUUCAGUGACAACUUGGUAUUCUCGCACGACUUGAAAAAAGUAGCAUCGGUCUCUCUCAGCAAGACAAUACGGAUCUGGAAUACCAAGACGGGCAUAUGCGAGCGAAUACUUGAGGGUGAUGAUUUCAGUGACAACUGGGUAUUCUCGCACGACUUGAAAAAAGUAGCAUCGGUCUCUCUCAGCAAGACAAUACGGAUCUGGAAUACCGAGAUGGAUAUACGCGAGCGAGUGCUAAGGGGGCAUAAAAAACAUAUUAGCUCAGUAGUAUUCUCGCAUGACUCGAAAAAGGUAGCGUCGGCCUCUUGGGAUAAGACAAUACGAAUCUGGAAUGCCGAGACGGGCGAGUGUGAGCAAGUGCUAGAGGGCCAUGGCCACUGGGUCGACUCGGUGGUGUUCUCUCAUGACAUGAAAUUGGUAGCAUCGGCCUCUCGGGAUAAGACGAUACGAAUCUGGAGCGCAGACAUGGGCAAGUGUAAGAAAAUACUAGAGGCCGGUUGCUACGAUGUCAACUCGAUGGUGUUCUCUCACGACUUGAAAAAGCUAGCAUCAGCCACUACUGAUAAGACGAUACACAUUUGGGAUGUGAAGACGGGCGAUCAUCAAGACGAAAUCCCAUUAGAUGGUUAUGUUCAUGUUCUUUCUUUUACGUCUGAUAAGCGUGGCAUCAUCACAGAUCACGGGACAUUUGCUUUGGCCGACCACUUGGCAUUUGACCCAAAGCCUCGUGUCUCAUUGCAGUCUUUAGAAACCCCGCUGCUCGCCUGCACAGACAGCACCUGGGUCACAAUGGCAGAAAGGGACUUGCUUUGGCUACCUCCUGAGUGUCGCGAUGGCAAAGUAGCUAUCUCGGGAAAGGUGGUUGCCAUAGGAUGUGAAUCAGGGAGGGUUAUGUUGUUGGGUAUAUCCACAAUGGAAACAUAG